AUGACGAUUAAGUUGGUUAUUUGGGGGCUUACGCUACACGUGUGUAGUGUUUAUGCGCUGCAGGCGGGCUUGGAUGAGAAGGUGAAAGCAAGAUUUUGGGAGGAUUUGGACGAGGUGGUGAAAAACGUGCCCAGAUCGGAAAUAUUUGUCAUAGCAGGGGACUUUAAUAGGUAUAUUGGGGUUUUACCAGGAGGCUAUGAUGAUGCGCAUGAGAAGUGGGUGAAUAGGGAGGUAUACAAAGUAGAAAGGAAGGAGGCUAAGUUAGCAGUUACAUCUACUAAGACAACAUCGUUUGAGAUCCUGUAUGUGGAGUUAGAGAAGAAAGGCGAGGAAAAUAGAUUGUAUAGGCUGGAUAAAGCUAGAGAGCGGAAGGGUCGUGAUCUCGAUCAAGUGAAGUGCAUUAAGGGGGAUGAUGGUAGAGUUUUUGGUGGAGGAUGUUCACAUUAA